UCUGCUGCUCCCUGCUGUAACCGUCAAGUGUUGUUGUGUGCCUCUUGGUCUCUUGCCUGCGUGUCUGUGUCUCUCGUGUGUGCGCAUGCUCUUCUCCCCCCUGUCAUUGCGUCUCUGUGGCCUGGCCCUCUCCUUGCUACUUUGUGCCGUGUGCUUCACACCUUCUCUGCUGCACAGAGCUCUCGGCCAAGAGGGGCAGGAGGCAGUGGGGGAGGGAGUGGGGCGGUGGGGGCGGUGGGGUUCAGUGUGGCACUGCACAAGCUCAUGGCGCCGUCACACCCAACCACCCACCACACUUCCAGGCAGGCAGCGGUGGAUGUGCUCGUGUGUGCCAGGGGCGGGGCGGGGCUGCUCAGCAAGAGGAUGGAAGUUUCUGCACAGCUUUGGGCGGCAGGAAUCAAGGCGGAGUAUGUGUGUGUGCGGGCACCCAGCCUGACGGAGCAGUAUGAACAUGCGCAUGAGCACGGCAUCAAGUGGCUCGUGCUGCUCACCGAUGCCGGCCUGCACAUCCACUCUGCCAAGGUGCGUCUCGCUCUCACGCGGGAGGUUGACUCUCCGCCAGCGACCACAACCGCGCCAGGGUCGCCGUGGGCACUUCCUUCGUCGGCGGAAGGGCUGCAGUGGAGCGAGCUCGGCGAGACGUCACGGCGAGAUCACGAGGAGGAAGGGCAGGGCGCGGUGGAACAAACGGGGCCCAGGGAUCCCUGCCACCUGCCCCCUGGAAACCCGCCCCCGCGGGCAGCGGGCGGCCUGGACGCACAAGGGACCCCUCUGGGUCGUGCGGCAGAAGAGCGGCUAGGGGAGCGACGGGAGCGGCUGCAGGCGCAGUUUGAGACGAUGACUCCACAUUCACACGGUGGAGCGCCUUCUCCACGCCGUCCAGCCUCUGGAAAAGACGAUCCAUCGCGGACGGCGCACGACGCACUGCCCCGCCGCGAGCACUUCCACCCCGCCGCCCAGGUCGUCCUUGACCACUGGCAUUUGAGCGAACGGGUGAUGACUGGUGCGACGGAACGCGCCGGCGCUGGCGGCCAGGAGAUCGCGCCGUGCGACGAGGAGAGUAGAGCCGCUGGCGCUUUGACAGCCGCGGCGAAUCGAGCGGACGGGGAACGGAGACGAGAGGCGCGACGAUCAGGGGAACGAGGAUGGGCCGAUUGGCGAACAGGAGACUGGAGACGACGCGUCCGGCGAUCUCGGGACUGGCUGCGCGACGCCACGCGGCGGGGCGAACGAGGCGAGCGGGGCGACCGCGGCGGACGCGGCGACCGAGACUUUCCACGGCGUUCCUCGCGGCGGCCCGCCCUCCCAUCCUCGCGCGUCACCGACGAACGGCGCCGAGGCGAGCGCCCCCGGGGCGCCACGGCCUCCACGUAG